CCGCUCAGUGCGUCGUCGCCUCAGGGUUUCCAAGUCGAUCCGAGCACUACCGACUUACCGCGUUUUCACCCCGUCUGUUUACUGCUACAGAUUUACUCCGCGGCAUUAGAUAAUAAUUAUGCAAUUAUCUGUCAGGAAAUAAUUGCUUAUCGAAUUGGUACACAGAGCGGACAAGUUUGGUUUGCUGAAGUAUUGGGAGGAAGACAAGGGCCUACAGUUAUAUUUACGAUUUUGACAAUUAAUAUAAAUAAUUUUAUAAGUUCACAGACGGUGGGAACAGUGAAUGCAGAUCGAACAUCGCUGGUCCCCCGCGAAGACAACGAAGCAAAUAUCAUACACCAUGCAGGCCGACGGGAAGGUGGCGGACGGCGCGCUGCCAGCUGACGUUAACGGGGUGGAGCCAGCUCCUGGGCCCCAGAAGGAUGGCGCCAAGUGGCACAAGCCUCGACUGUCCCGCAGAGCCCUGAUGAAGUGCUGCCUUGUCAAGUGGAUCCUAGCCAGCGCAACACCACAGGGCCCAGAUGGUGGGGACAGCGACCUGGAGCUGUCAACUGUACGCCAUCAACCGGAGGGUCUGGAGCAGCUUCAAGCUCAGACCAAGUUCACGAGGAAAGAGCUUCAGUCCCUCUACAGGGGCUUCAAGAAUGAGUGUCCCAGCGGGCUGGUGGAUGAGGAAACUUUCAAGUCAAUUUACUCUCAGUUCUUCCCUCAAGGAGACUCCACUACUUACGCACACUUCCUGUUUAACGCAUUCGACGUCGAUCGGAACGGCUCUAUCCGCUUCGAGGACUUUGUAAUUGGGCUCUCAGUGCUGCUGAGGGGCUCUGUGACGGAGAAGCUGAGCUGGGCUUUCAACCUUUACGAUAUCAACAAGGACGGCUACAUCACCAAAGAGGAGAUGCUUGCCAUCAUGAAGUCCAUCUACGACAUGAUGGGUCAGUACACGUCACCCAGUGUGCGGGAUGAGGCACCAGUGGAGCACAUGGAGAAGUUCUUCCAGAAAAUGGACCGGAAUCGAGAUGGAGUGGUCACCAUUGAAGAGUUCAUAGAGACCUGUCGAAAGGACGAGAACAUAAUGAAUUCCAUGCAGCUCUUUGAAAAUGUAAUCUAGGACAAGGAGAGAACCCAAAACAGACUGCCGCAUAAUCCCACCCCGGGCAGCACACCUGUACCUGUCUACACCCACCCUGUACAGCCAGCAUGCACACAACCCUGCAACCUUGUGGAGGCCAGAAGACUAUCCAGGAUAUGAUCUAGGAGAUGUAGCACAGUGACUUUGAAUGAUGAGGGGAGAUGACUGAGUGGGCAGGUCCCUCCUCUCCGUCUCUGGACGAACAUGCUCUGGCUGUGCAUCUCACUAAGAGAAGUCCCUUCUGUAGAAGAACUAAAUGGUACAUAGUGCUGUAGGAGAAAAUGACAAAGGAAAAGAACUUUUUUCCCCACACGGAUUUUCAUGGGAGUGAUGAAGAAGCAGAGAAACACAAAUGUUUUCUUUCUGGAAAGAUCCCAUCUCGGGGCCCAUCGUGCAUCCUCCUAAUUUUCUGACCCGAGUGUCCUAACCCUGAGCCCAGUCCUCAGCUGGGCCUUACCUGGAAAAGAAAGUGACUUUAGAGGAUCCAGUGGUGCAUGGAGGACAGCUGUGGCUGACGUGGACUGAACAUUAACGUGAGAGAAAAAAAAAAAAAACACUUUUACCAAGAAUGAGAAUUGAAAAAUAUUUUCAGCAUGUUUGUCUGAAGACUUUCGUUUGUGGUUUGUCUGCACUAAGAAACUUUUAGUGUUAAAAGUCGCAUCUUGUUCUCGAAAAGAACUUGGCACAAAAAGUUGUGAAUCUCGUGUUUAUAAGACUCAGUUGUGCGUAGUACUACAGCGGUAAAGUGCACCGUUUCGUUUGAAUGUCUCGAACAAGGAUGGAGUUGUGAGGUCAUUGAAAAAUGCAGCUACAGUGAGGCCAAUCUCAGUUCACACCCUAUUAUGCAUUUUUACCUGGAUAAUGGCCUUGAUCAGUUAAAAUCAAGAGUGUUUGAACUAUGGUAAU